CGCAGUUUUCCCUCUCCCGUUCCAUUGGACUGGGCUGGAUCAUUCUCGUGGGCCGACCGUGAGCUCUGUUUCCCUGGUUUCCACCUGCUCCCGUUGGAUGGCUAGCGAACGGUGACACGCGAGCGACGUCCCUCGGCAGUAGAUCGAAGUACGUCAGAGGAUCUCGUUCCCCCCUCCCCUCCCGUCCGCCGCCGCCUUUCUACCCCACUUUCCCGGCGCCAGCUUGUUAGAUCCCGGCGCCAGCUUCAGCCACGAUAUUCAACUAUUGGGUGUGUUAAAUUCUCGAGGAUGAUGAAUCGUCAGUUUGCGAAUAUGAUAGUACACAAUUACCCCAAGGGAGUUUAUUCCCUGCGCCGGAUCAACCUCAUGGAGUAUCUCUUCUACCCUUCAACAGAAGCUGCCGAAAAGGCAGAAGUGAAUAAGAAGGGAUGGUUAUCCACCAUGUUGAAAGGGAGCCCCAAGCAGAGUCUGCCCAAGACGAACAUCAACUUCUCAUCACUGCCUAACAUGGCCGACUUAACUACCAGGCAUUUCUUCUCCCUGCUGAGAGGGCAGGGGGAGGGCUCUGUCAUGUUUGUCAGCCCUAACGUCCACACGAUGAUGUACGACACUAGCACGGACUUCGUCUUUGGCAUGCCACAAGCCAACUUCUGUAAGCAGAGUGACUCAAUCGCCCUGUCCAUCACUCGGCGGAGCUAUGGCCAGGACAACCACAAGCUCUAUGUCAUAGGAAAAGGAGAGGACAAUGCCUUGUUCGAGGUCUUGAACUAUACCAGGACAACUGAUCUGAACAACUCGUCUUGGUACUGGCGACCUCUACCCUGCCCGCCACUGUUUCGGCCGUGCCUGCCUGGCAGCAACAGCAAAGUUUGUCCUCCCUCUGCAGCCGCUGUGUUGGAUGCCGCCACAAUAUGUGUCUCAUCUGUGGAUGCUGGAGCCUGCGCCUUCUUUGACACGGCAACGCGCGAGUGGAGGCAGGCUGGCAGCUGGGUGCUGCCCAUCCACGGUGCGGCGGAGUAUGUCCCUGAGUUUGACCUCUGGUUUGGCCUCGACGAUGUCAUUGGCAACCCCAACCAUUGCCUGCGUGCUUUUGACUUCGAUUCCUCCAGGCGACCGGUGGUGCGGCACUCCUGGAACUAUCUCAGCGUCCUGCCCGAUGAGUGGUUGCCGCGGCAGAGGCACCUGCUAAACAUGGGCUCAGGCAAGUUCUGCAUCGCCACCAGCUUUCGAAAUCUCUUGAGGCACACCUCGUGCAGACCACUUCAUGGUGCAGUCAAUGAGCUUACUGUCUUGACCGGCGUGGAGGUGGUGCGCAAUGUCAAUGGUUUCCAGAUCAUCAAGCACAAGUCUGAAUGUUACAGCUUGGAGGACAAUAGAAUCCACUGUGUGCUCUGAGGAAAACUUAUCUAUGUUUCACUGUUAUUGGAUGGAUCCUUCCAUGUUUUUUCUUCUCAGAUGUGAAUGAAAAUAUUUGCUUACCUUUUAUCCCCAUGGUUGAAAUAGGCAAUUGAUGGCUGGAAGAAUAAAUGAAAACAUCAUGCAUGCUGUGCAUCUUUCUUUA